AUGGAAGAACCUACAGAUGACGGAAUCCGUGAGCUCAUGUACCAGCUGGAAAAUGCUGCCAUCAAGUGCUCUGAACGGUGUCUCUAUCAGUCAUCAAAAUGGGCUGCCGAAAUGCUCGACUCCCUCCGGCCUUUGAACCAUGAAGACACUGAUCUCGAGUCUCCUAUGGACGUCACAACCCCGUCUUCGCCGGCUACGAAUCCCUACCUGAAAGUGCAAGACCCAGUAGAGGCUGCACUCGAAGCACAAGAAUCAUACAAAUACCUGCUGGCCAAAUCUUACUUUGAUACCCGUGAAUAUGACCGCUGUGCAGCCGUGUUCCUGCCUCCGACAACACCCCCUGUUCCUCUCUCCGUCACUUCACCCAAUGCCAAGUCGAGGCCAUCGCGAACCUCUCAUAAAGGCAAAGACAAAGCUUCACCUUUCUCAGCCUCAAAGACCCCAAAGAACCAAAUACCGCAGAAUCCAUAUCCUAAACUCAGUCAAAAGUCCCUUUUCCUUGCCCUGUAUGCCAAAUAUUUAGCCGGAGAGAAGCGCAAGGAAGAAGAAACGGAGAUGGUGUUGGGACCGGCAGACGGUGGGAUGGCUGUCAAUCGAGAGUUGCCCGGUCUCGCCAGAGGCCUAAAUGGAUGGCUUUCUGACCGAACUGCACAGGGCCUCGAUGACCAAGGACAGGGAUGGCUGGAGUAUCUCUAUGCCGUUGUUUUGUUAAAAGGACGGAAUGAGGAGCUGGCGAAGAAGUGGCUCAUUCGUUGCGUACAUCAAAACCCAUACCACUGGGGUGCUUGGCAAGAAUUGAACGAUCUAUUGGGCAGCACAGAAGAUCUGAAACAAAUACUCGAACUUCUGCCGCAAAAUGUCAUGAGUUUGAUAUUUUACGUCUACUGCAGCCAGGAGCUGUAUCAAGCCACGGAAGACACAUAUAGAUCACUCUCUGAACUACAGUCGAUGUUCCCGGAGAGUGCAUUCCUCAAAACGCAACAUGCAUUGUUGUUGUAUCAUUCGAAAGACUUCGAGGAAGCAUCCCACAUAUUCGAAGACAUCCUGGCCACAUCACCUCAUCGCUUAGAUAGUCUCGAUCACUAUUCGAACAUCCUCUACGUCAUGGACCAGCGACCUCAGCUGGCGUUCAUCGCUCAGGUCGCAACCGCCACCGACAAGUUCCGUCCAGAGACUUGUUGUGUCGUUGGAAAUUACUACUCAUUGAAAUCCGAGCACGAGAAGGCAGUAAUGUACUUCCGACGUGCACUUACCCUCGACCGCAACUUCCUGUCUGCAUGGACCCUCAUGGGCCAUGAAUACAUCGAAAUGAAGAACACUCACACCGCAAUUGAGUCAUACCGUCGAGCUGUCGACGUCAAUCGUAAAGACUACCGCGCUUGGUAUGGUCUCGGGCAGGCUUAUGAAGUUUUGGACAUGUCUUUCUACGCUCUAUUCUACUACCAGCGCGCCGCAGCACUCCGCCCCUACGACCCAAAGAUGUGGCAAGCAGUCGGAUCCUGCUAUGCGAAAAUGGGCCGCAUGGGACAGAGUAUUCAAUCUUUAAAACGUGCAUUAGUGGCCGGAUCUUUACAGCCAGAUGACGGCGGUCAACAGGGAACCGCAGGCCCCGGUCGCAAGAUCCUCGAUCCAGAAACUCUGCAUCAAAUCGCCACGCUGUACGAGCGCCUCGGCGACGAAGAGGAGGCUGCUGCGUACAUGGAACUUACUCUUCAACAAGAAUCCGGCGCCCCUGUCAACGACGACGCAGAUGACGGCGACUCAUCUGCCUCCGAGCACGACAGUCAGAGUGAUUCCGACAUCGAGCACUCAGGCGACGAAGACCACGAUACCUCGCAUCGACACCGUCGCAAUCGUAAGCCUCGUGCUAAGGCUGAAUCAUUUGCUAUGCAGAAUGACGACUCGAUUGUCAGUGAGACGUGGAAUGGCACUGGUGUUACGGCCACCACAUCGAAGGCACGGCUGUGGUUGGCGCAGUAUGCGUCGCGACAUGGUGAUCUUGACCGUGCGGAUCAGCUAGCGAGCGAGUUGUGUCAAGAUGGAAUUGAAGUGGAGGAGGCAAAGGCGUUGAUGCGAGACGUGCGAGCUAGAAGGGAGGGUGCUACGUGA